AUGAUGAACAGAAUAAUGAUUGCGUGCUCUAGCGAGGAACCUGUAUUAAGUGUGGCUAACACUUACUGUGUUCCAGAACACUUCAUUAGUCGUUUUGAUGAAGAGUUCCCUUUCAGAACUACUGGUGGCAGUGUCCACAAAAUUCUGCGCAUGCUUUCAAUGCUUUUGGCAGGAGUUCCAAUGGAAUCCAUGUCAACUAAAAGUGUGAGUCAUCACUUCACUGGUGGUGAAAUCCGGGCCAUUCACUUUGAUGAUCUCGAGGAAGUUUGUUGGCAAAUUGCUGAUGGCAAUGCUGUGCUUGCUACCUUCUUUGAUGGUGUUGGAUAUGAACAACUGCAAUAUUGUCAAUACUACACAGCUAUGCCUGCCUCUGUUGUGGCUCAACUUAUUGCUGAUGGGGAGGAUGUUUCUGCUCAUGUUGUUGUGCUAGUUGGAGUGAUAUCAGAACAGGGACAUAGGGCUUACUUUGCACUAGAUUCAGCAGGAACAGCCUUUUGCAGGCAGGUGGGAAGUGCUGAAGGGUGGCGAUCUUUGUUCAACUGGAACAAAAAGAGUCAACUCGGAGGAUAUGGAAAAAUCACCGCCGAUAGUGCUUGGUUCACUAAUUUCUUCAAGGUUUCUAGACAGAAUGAUCAUGGGCUGCCUCCUAAACUCUUUGUUGCUAAUCAUGACCCUGAUGAUUAUCUUGUGGAUAACAUACCGACUGAUUUGGCCAUCAUUCCACAAGAAGAAGGGGACAUCAUCCUUGCUGCACGUAACAGGCGGUAUGUCUUUCAUGGAAGGUACUUGAGGCGUCGUUUUCGUCAGUUAUGGUAUUGAGCAUGCGAAAGGAUCUUGUGUUGCUGGGACGCCCCUUGUUUUUUGUAAUGUUACUGAUUGCUGAACUACCAAGGGAGCAGUGCUA